AUGGAACAGGUGGACGGUACAACUUCCCGGUUGCGAUGGAUUUGCGCCUGUGGAUUGGCCAUCUCGGUGUAUUCACUGUACGUGAAAAUGAAACUGGAGGAAGAUGAGGACUACAGGCCGAUGUGCGAUGUGAACGAAAACAUAAGCUGCUCGCUAGUCUUUAAAUCAGUCUAUGGUGAAGGCUUUGGUCUGGGAGAGAUAACCAAACUGAAUUUUCCCAACGGAGCCAUAGGAUGUGUCUUUUACCUCCUCUACUUUAUAAGCUCUUUCUAUCAGAAUCACUGGUUGUGUUUGGCCCAAUUAAUAAUAUGCACUUUGACCCUUUUUCUCUGCGUUUAUCUGGGCUUCCUGCUGCUUUUCGUCUUUUACGAUUGCUGUUUAGUGUGCUUGGCCAUCUAUUUCAUACACACCUGGCUCUUCCAGGAAGUUGUAAGGCGCUAUAGACGUCUCUAUAUAUAAGAGUUUAUACAUUUAAGUCAAAGUAUUAAGUUAUAAUAAAGAUAAGCCCCUAAGAUGAGCUACUAA